ACCAGUGUCCUUGUGCAGGGUUUUGAAAUGGGUUUUACCAACGUGCCACUGCAUGCUGUUUGCUUGAAGUCCGACCUAGUGACGGGUCGCGUCGUAGUGGGCGUGCGACCUAGUCUACCAGUGGACGGAGUAUCUUUCAUUCUGGGGAAUGAUCUAGCUGGUGGGCGUGUGUUGGUAAACCCUGAGGUGACGCCUGUCCCUAUUGUUGAUCGCCCUGACGAACUUACACAGAAAUACCCUGACGUAUUUCCUACGUGUGCUGUCACUCGUGCCAUGUCUAAACGACUGACAGGUAGUCCCGACUCCGCUACGGCUAGCGGUGAGUCGGAGAUAGAUUGGUUAGCUGGCGAUCUCGGUCUAAGCGAUUUGUUCGCUGUGAAGCCAGAACCCGAUGUGCAAACUCCCCUUUUCGCUGCGUCGGGGGAGGAACGGGCUGAAUGUGUUGCGGAAUUUGGCAAGUUGUCUCUAGCUCGGGAGCAGCUUGUUGAGGAGCAGAAGAAAGACACAGAGCUUUCUUCUCUCUUUGAAAAGGCAAUUCCCGAAGAGGAAGUUGCUUUAGUGCCGACGGCGUACUUUUUAAAGGACGACGUACUUAUGCGUAAGUGGAGACCUGUAGACGCUUCAGUUCAAGAUGAUUGGCGUGUUAUUCACCAGAUUGUGGUCCCAACUGCAUAUCGCGGGGAGAUACUUUGUCUUGCUCAUGAUAGCUGCCUCGCUGGACACCUGGGCGUCAAUAAAACACAUGACCGUGUCUUAAAGCACUUCUUUUGGCCGGGUUUGAAAAGAGACGUCGCUAAGUACUGCGAAACAUGCCAUGUGUGUCAGGUUACUGGGAAGCCGAAUUUAAAGAUACCGCCGGCUCCACUGUACCCCAUUCCAGUGGUUGGGGGGGCGUUUGAAAGGGUUCUUGUUGAUAUUGUGGGCCCGUUGCCACGGACUAAGUCUGGUAAUCAGUACCUGCUCACCAUAAUGUGCGUGGCUACUCGUUUUCCCGAGGCGAUACCUUUGCAGAAGAUAACCGCUCCGGUCGUUGUUAAGGCGCUCGUUAAAUUAUUUUCUCUGUUCGGUCUCCCUAAGGCUAUUCAGUCUGACCAGGGGACCAACUUCAUGUCCAAUAUUUUCGCUCAGGUACUCGACCAGUUAGCAAUUAAGCAUUUUCCCUCCAGUGCUUACCAUCCGGAAUCGCAGGGGGUGCUUGAGCAAUUCCAUCAGACUCUCAAGUCUAUGCUACGCGCAUACUGCCUUGAGUUUGAAAAGGACUGGGAUGAGGGCGUACAUUUAAUGCUUUUUGCUGUGCGGGAGGUUGUACAAGAAUCGCUAGGGUUCAGUCCUGCUGAAUUAGUUUUUGGUCACACUGUACCCGGCCCUCUGAAGCUGCUCAAGGAGAAGUGGCUGACAGAGGACAGUCACAUGAACCUGCUUGAUUUUGUAUGCAAUUUCCGUUUAAAAUUGCAUCGAGCAGGCGAGUUAGCGAGGGAGAAUCUAGAGUCCUCACAAAAGAGGAUGAAAUGCUGGUUCGAUCGUGGUGCAGAGAUGCGAACUUUUUCGCCUGGCGAUAAAGUUAUGGUGCUCCUGCCCAUCCCGGGGUCUGUUUUGCAGGCGCGCUACAGCGGCCCGUACCUGAUUGAAUGUCGGGUAGGUGAUCGUGAUUACCUGAUAGCCACUCCUGACCGCAGGAAAAGGAGUCGCCUGUGUCACGUUAACAUGAUCAAGCCCUGCUGGGAUCGUCAGCCUGGAGAGGAAGGUGAGGUAAAAGGUGUGGCCUUGUCGGGCAUUACCUUUACUCCUCCCGAACAGGAGGGGGGGGAUGUGCUUAUACCCCCGAAGAGUGUGACAGAAGGCAGGCUGCAGAAUUAUGAAUUUCUGCGCAGCCUUGAGGUGCAGCUGUCUCAUUUGUCUAGUGAUGAAAGUGCAGAGAUUGCAAGACUCAUUCGUUCGCACCUGACCCUGUUUUCUGAUGUGCCUACCCGUACUCACCUAUUAGAGCAUGACAUCGACGUGGGUGGGUUUUCUCCAAUAAAACAGCACCCAUAUCGCGUUAAUCCAGAAAAACAUUCACAGUUAAAGAAAAAGGUGGAUUAUAUGUUAAAGAAUGGCAUCGCUGAGCCCAGCUCGAGCGAUUGGAGUUCUCCCUGUCUGCUCGUUAACAAACCCGACGGCACUUUUUGUUUUUGCACCGACUACAGGAAGGUGAAUACAGUCACUAAACCUGACUGUUACCCUCUCCCUAGGAUGGAUGACUGUGUAGACCGGGUGGGUUCGGCUGCUUAUGUAAGCAAAUUUGAUUUGCUUAAGGGUUACUGGCAAGUCCCCCUGUCAAAACGCGCGAAGGAGAUUUCCGCUUUUGUUACACCAGACACUUUCUUGCAAUAUACGGUGAUGCCUUUCGGGAUGCGAAACGCUCCGGCUACUUUUCAGAGGUUGGUUAACCUCGUUGUGUCCGACCUGCCAGGUUGCGAGGCGUAUUUGGAUGACCUGGUAAUUUACAGUGCGACUUGGGCCGAACACAUUAAUCAGAUGGGAGAACUCUUUGAUCGUUUGUCUGCUGCUAAUUUAACCGUGAAUCUGGCAAAGUGCGAGUUUGGCCAAGCAACUGUCAUGUACUUGGGCAAAGUUGUGGGUCGGGGACAGGUACAUCCAGUUGACUCGAAGGUGGAGUCCGUGUUGGCAUUUCCGGCUCCCAAAACCCGCCGUGAGCUGCGGAGAUUCUUGGGAAUGGUGGGUUACUACCGCAGUUUUUGCAAAAACUUCUCUGCGGUUGUUUCGCCGUUAACGGACCUCCUCAGCCCUAAGACUUAUUUUACGUGGACUGAUAAAUGUCAACGGUCAUUUGAGAACGUGAAAGCCUUGUUGGUCAGCACACCUGUUCUCUCCGCACCCGAUUUUAUACGCCCUUUUAAAUUGCUGUGGAUGCAAGUGACUGUGGUGCUGGAGCCCUUCUCAUGCAGGAGGACACUCACAGUGUUGAUCAUCCCGUGUGCUACUUUUCGAGGAAGUUUAACUGACAUCAGCGGUUAUACUCCACGAUAGAGAAGGAGGCUUUGGCUCUGGUUCUUGCAUUACAGCACUUUGACGUUUAUGUAGGCUCCUCUUCACGCCCCGUCGUGGUGCAGACGGAUCACAACCCACUUGUCUUCCUUCACCGCAUGCAUAACAAUAACCAGCGCCUCAUGCGGUGGAGCUUAUUUUUGCAGUGUUAUGAUUUAGACAUUCGGCACAUCCAAGGGCGUGAUAACGUUGUUGCCGACGCAUUGUCCCGUAUGCACGAAUGUGACAAUAAAUAGAGAAUUAUUUAUUGUCUUAAGGGUGGGGGUGUUACAUCCCUGUGUAUUAUUUAGAACAUUAUUAUUAUUAAGGGAUGUUACUUUUCUGUGUUUUUGGCUGGGUAUUGCUGGUUGUUUGUGUUCCCCUAUACAGGUGGUGAUAAACAUGUAUCCUGUUGCCGGGUGACCUGACUAGGAGGAUGCGCGGUGACGAGGAUGCCGGUGUCGUCGCUCGGAGACCGGACCAGAUGCGGCCGUAGCUAAGGACGCCGGCGACCGUUGCGGAGCAACGGUUAGAAGAUGCGGGUCUAUAUAACAGCUGGACGCCGUCAUCACAAGAGAGCCAUCUUUUCGUCUGCUACUGGAAGCCAUGCUUGACUUCGCUCUGCUCCGAGAGUUCUAUUCCAACCUUAACAGUUUUUAAUAGUAGCCCAGUAUUAGAUUAGUCGCGCUGUAUCCGGCAGUACAGUACUUGACCAGCAGAGGACGCUAACAUCACGUAAUCCCUGCGAUUGGACCUGGUGGAGAGGACCGGCCUCACGGAGGACUUGGACCGCUGUACUGGCUGCCCGAUACCACAGAAUCAGGCAGCAAGCACGACGAGAGGUGAAUAUCAACAACUGACAGCAUAUCAUAAUGUUCAAUGUGUUGUCAUUGGAAAUCCACUUGCAAAUAAGCGUUUCAAUGUUCUGUCUAUGUAGCUCCCUCCAGUAAUCAUGAGCACAAGGGUUCUUUAAUUCAACUGGCAGUUUAUUACGAUUGCACCAAUCAUGGAUUCAUCCAGAAUCACCAUGCCGUGAGAACUUAAAGAAAA